AAGCUUAUCAUUGCAGUAAGGUCUUAUCCUUUCUCUCUCUCCUCUCUCAUAUAAUAUUUUUCAAUUCCAAACUGUUCAUCUUCAACUAAAAAGCUUGGAUCUGAAGCUCAUUAAUGGCGUGACGGAUCUGAACUUGAAUCAAAGAUUACAUUUUGUUCACUGUGAUUCAAUCAAUUCCACAACCCAAUGACUUACUCUUUUCCUGAAGAAUUACUAGAGCAUGUUUUCUCUUUUAUACAUUCAGAUGAGGACCGAAACACAGUCUCUCUUGUCUGCAAAUCAUGGUACGAAAUCGAACGGUGGUGUCGGAGACGGAUCUUUAUCGGAAACUGUUACUCUGUCAAUCCUUCGAUUAUGACUAGGAGAUUUCCGGAUGUUAGAUCUAUUGAGUUGAAAGGAAAACCUCAUUUUGCUGACUAUAAUCUUGUUCCGGAUGGUUGGGGUGGUUAUGUACAACCUUGGAUUUCUGCUAUGGCUAGGUCUUAUCCUUGGUUGGAAGAGAUUAAACUUAAACGCAUGGUGGUUACUGAUGAGAGUUUGGAGUUAGUUUCUCGUUCGUUUAAGAAUUUUAAGGUAUUGGUUUUGUAUUCAUGUGAGGGUUUUACUACAGAUGGACUUGCUUCUAUUGCUGCUAAUUGCAGGAAAUUAAGGGAAUUGGAUUUGCAUGAAUGUGAAGUGGAUGAUUUUAAUGGGCAUUGGAUUAGCUAUUUUUCAGAUAACUGUACAUCGCUUGUUUCACUUAACAUUGCUUGUUUAACCUCGGAAUGGAGUUUCUCUUCUCUAGAUCGGCUUGAGCGUUUGGUGGCUAGGUGUCCUAACUUGAGGAGUCUUCGUCUUCACCGUGCUGUUCCACUUGAAAGGCUUUCAAACAUAAUUAAACUUGCCCCACAUUUGAUUGAGUUGGGUACUGGUGCAUAUUCAGCUGACAUUCAUUCUGAUGUGUUUUCAACUCUGAUUGAAUCUUUCUCAAGUUGCAAAGAGCUUAAGAGACUUUCUGGGUUUUGGGAUGUUGUUCCUGCUUACAUCCCUGCUCUUUAUCCAGUUUGCUCCAUGCUCACUUCGUUAAACUUGAGCUAUGCGACUAUUCAAAGUCCAGAUCUUGCUAAGCUUAUCACCCAGUGCCACAGUUUGCAGCGACUUUGGGUGCUGGAUUACAUUGAAGACAGUGGUCUCGACAUUCUUGCUGCAUCAUGCAAGGAUCUACAAGAACUAAGGGUUUUCCCUUCAUCACCAUUUGCACCAGUAGCAAAUGUGUCAUUAACAGAACGAGGUCUUGUUUCUGUUGCAAACGGCUGUCCUAAGCUUCAGUCUGUUUUGUAUUUCUGUCGCCAAAUGACAAACUCAGCUUUAAUCACAAUCGCCAAUAACAGACCAAACCUGACUCGUUUCCGGCUCUGCAUUCUCGAGCCCCAUACCCCUGAUUACACUACGCUCGAGCCUCUGGAUGUUGGUUUUGGAGCCAUAGUGGAGAAAUGCAAAGACUUAAGAAGACUUUCCUUAUCGGGUCUGUUAACUGAUAGAGUGUUUGGUUAUAUUGGUGAGUAUGGUAAGAAAUUGGAGAUGCUUUCUAUAGCUUUUGCUGGGGAUAGUGAUUUGGGUCUCCAUUAUGUGUUGUCUGGAUGCGAAAGGCUGAAGAAACUUGAGAUUAGAGAUUGUCCAUUUGGGGAGAAGGCUCUAUUAGCUAAUGCUGCAAAAUUGGAGACAAUGCGAUCCCUUUGGAUGUCUUCUUGCCCAAUUAGCUUCCAAGGGUGUAAAGUUCUUGGUCAAAAGAUGCCUAGACUUAUUGUGGAAGUUAUGAACGAAAGUGGAUCUACUACCACUACUACUACAACAAUUCCACAAGAUUCAGAUCCUAGACCUGAAUUAUUAGUAGGCCCUCAUUCAACUCAUGCAGUGGAGAAACUUUACAUAUAUCGCACAGUUGCUGGGGAAAGAUUCGACAUGCCCGACUUUGUUUGGACAAUCGACAAACACUCUAAGGUCCAAGACAAUAUUCUUCUCCAAUAGAUCAAGAUCUUGAACCAUUAUGGUAUGGUACCCAGAAAAAUACAUCUUCUUAUUGAUGAUCUAAACAAGGGUUGGGUCAAAGAAAGAAGAUCUAAAGAAGGGUUUGUGUAAUGAUAAUGGCAUGAUUCUUGGUGGGAGUAUUAUUAUUAUUAUUUUAAUGGAUUGGACUGUUGUGGCAUGUGAGAGAGAUUCGAUGUAGCCUGCAGCAGCUUCUGUCUGUUCUGUCCUUGCUCUCUUUUUCUUAUCUCUUCUUUUUACACCACCUGAUAACUGCUGUGUUUUUCAAUGAAUUAAUAACUUUUACA